UACGACAUGCGGGGGUGGGGCGGGGCGGGGGGAGGGGCAAUCUGCACCUGCGCUAGGCGCGAGACUCUGGGCGUGAGCCCUUCCCCUCCCCCUGCUCCUCCCCCUCCAGAGCUUUAGCCCGUGGCACCAUGCGCGCGGAGCGCUGGGAGCCGUUGUUGGCCUGACCACUGGAGCCCUUUCCUGCACAGAUGACAGCUCAACGGCGGGCCAGGGCCACGGGCGUGGAGGGCCCGCCUUUGGGCGGGCUAGAUAGGCCCCGAAAUCACGAAUACCCUCAGAAGAGCAUCGCCCCCUGAAAUCCGGCUUUUCCCACCGCCUUAACCACCAGACGCCCUGCUGGCAUUCUGUUACUUGAGCCCAAACAACCUCGAACAGGAAGAAUAAGAACCUACCAUCUAAACUUUGGAAGAUACAUAAAAAGCAAAAUGAAGUCAUCAAAAGCUAAAAUUGCACCUUUUUCUUUAGGCGUGGAAAAUCCAGGAUUAGCUUCUAAAAAAGUUUCAACUAUUUCAGCAGCAUUGUCUAAAGCAAGGAAAAAAAGUAACACAAAAUUUAAUAAUGAAAGUGAAUUAAUGUUCCUUGCUCCUCCACCUGUAGGAGAGUCAAUGCUAAAGUAUGCCAUUGCUAUUCCAUCUGAAAAUGCACAGAAUGCUCUAGGUGAUGAGCAAAUUGUUAGGCAAGUUGCUAAUCAUCUUAAGGAGAUUUCUUCUUCUUUAGAAAAAGCUUAUGGAUUUGACACUGAAAAAGAUCGAUUAGCAGAGAGAGUACCAAGGCCAGAAGGAGAAGAAAGUACACCUACAGAAGCAGAAGAUAUGACUUCAUUCUUGUUAUCAUGUACAUCACUUGCAAAACAGCUUGAAGAAGCAGUUAAAGAAGAACAACAGAUAUUGGAAUCUGUUUUUAAGUGGUUUCAAAAAGAGGUCUAUCAUGUAGAAGAGUUAGUAAAAGAACAAAAUGUUCCAGACUGGGAGCUUCCUUUGCCAGAUAAAGCAGUAUCUUCAAGUAUUUUCCAAGUGAUAGAACGUUUGCAAAAACUUGAACAAUUAAGGAAUCGCCUUAGUACAGUGCCGACGGCCACCCGAAGAGCUGUAGCUGCGAAACAUAAGCUGGACAGCCAAUCAGAAACAGCCCAGAUUUAUGAAGAUGUAAAGAAGAUGAUUGAAGACUUUGGUGCAAAUUUUCAAAAUGAUGAGUUCGUAGAAAACAUCAUGAACAUUGCAGAUAUUGUGUUUUUACCAGAAUCUACUGAAUUAAAGGAUCUUCAGUUUCAAGAAAUGUUUAAAAUAUUUGAAAAACAGGCAAUUAAGUUGCAUCGAAUGAUGAAUGAACUAGAUAAUCUUGAGCUUAAAUACAAGUUGAUUCAAAAUGAUUUAGAUUUAGUAACAGAGGAAAGAAUGAUAUUAGAGAAUGAACUCAAAAAAAUUAAAGGUCCAGAAAAAACAGAGCAAUUGCUACAGAGAGAAAAGAUACUCUUGGAGUUACAAAAGAAAAAAUUAGAAAAAAAAGCAUCCAGAGACUCAAGACUUGGAGAUCUAGAGAGAAUCAGCACAGACUUCAGUAUGGCUUCUAGUGGCUCACUUUCCCAGUCUUUGGAAGGUCAAAAUGCUUCAGCCUUGUUGGAUGUUCCAUCUAAGAGCAGCAAAGAACAGAUGCAGAAAGGAAAGAAACCAGAAGUUUAUGGGCAAAGCUCUUCGAAGAGAUCUCUUAUUUUAACAAGUUCCGAUGCUGUUAAAUUAAAGGAAGAAUUGCUUCAAGCUCAGAAAGUAGUAAUUUCUCUGGAAAGUGAGAACAAAUUUCUUCAGGAACAAUUGAAAGAUGCUUUACAGGAAGUUGAAAAAGCCAAGAAAGAUCUUGAAGCAUCACAUGCUGAAAUAGAGAAAGGAAGUAGAAAUGAUAAUGAAAGCAUAGCUUCUGAAAAAAGCAAGAAAGGUAAAAAAGGGAAAGGAGAGUCAAAAAAAGACAAAAAAGCAAAAACAACAAAAUCAUCACAGGCUGCAAAUAUCAAAACAGCAGGAAGAAGCUGAACACUUCAGUCCUUUCAUUUAUAUCCUUCCUCUUCAUUGAUCCUAACAGAAUUUCUGAAAUACUUUGGAAAGUCUUCCAAACCUGCAGAGAGUGGAAGGGAAUGAAAUAAGGAGAGACCCACCUGAAAGAUGCAUGGUGUUGCUGUACAAUAAAGUACAAUUGUUU